UCAAUCUACAUUAUAUUGAUGAUUGAAGAUUUUUCCUUGAACAAAAUUCUAGUGCUCUGAUAUUCUUUUCCACUGAUAAUCAGCUUUCUUGAAUGGCUUCUUUCUCAUCUCUGACCAGACCCAUCUCAGAAUCUUCACUAAUUGCUUUAAAGUUGGGCGAUCAAUCCUCAAAUUUACUCGGUUUUCCGAAACAUUUCGUAUUUUCAAGACAUGGGUUCUGCUCUUUUCCACCUGGGCUUGUUAAAAUUCAGCUAAAACCAUCUCUUGCUAUCAAGAAUUCGUAUCAGACCAAGUCUUCCACCAAGACAGAAUCUACUGUAUUAUCUGAAGUACCAAUUCUUUCUUGCUCAGAGGCAAUUGAGAGGUUAAGGACAAGCCGAGAAACUUAUAAAAGCAAAGAGCAGUAUUUAGCUAUGUACUCUAGUGUUUUUGGUGGAAUAACGACAGAUCCAUCUGCAAUGGUAAUCCCCAUGGAUGACCACAUGGUCCACAGAGGGCAUGGAGUUUUUGACACUGCUGCCAUUAUGGACGGAUAUCUUUAUGAAUUGGACCAACACCUUGACCGUUUCAUAAGGUCAGCUACCACGGCCAAGAUUAAGCUACCAUUUGACAGGGACAGCAUUAGAAGAAUACUCAUACAAACUGUAAGUGCUUCCAAGUGCAGAAAAAGCUCACUAAGAUACUGGCUUUCAGCAGGACCUGGUGAUUUUCAGUUAUCUUCAUCAGGCUGUCAUCAGUCUGCUCUUUAUGCUAUAGUUAUUCAAAAUCAGUCGCCUCCUGAUUAUAGUGGUAUUAGAGUAGUUACUUCAUCAAUUCCAAUUAAACCUCCUCAGUUUGCUGUCAUGAAGAGUGUGAAUUAUCUUCCUAAUGCGCUUUCAAAAAUGGAAGCUGAGGAAAAUGGUGCAUAUGCAGCAAUAUGGCUGGAUUUUGAUGGCUUUAUAGCUGAAGGUCCUAACAUGAAUGUGGCCUUUGUAACAAAACAAAAGGAACUCCUGAUGCCUGAAUUUGACAAAAUUCUCAGUGGCUGCACAGCUAGAAGGGCUCUGGUGCUUGCGGAGAGUCUUGUAAGGGAGGGAAUACUCCAGAACAUACGGGUAGAUAAAGUAACUGUGGAGGAAGGGAAGAAUGCAGUUGAAAUGAUGCUGAUAGGCAGUGGAGUUCUCAUCCGUUCUGUGGUGCAAUGGGAUGAACAGGUCAUUGGUAAUGGCAAAGAAGGUCCAGUAUCUCAGGCUCUACUGAAACUUAUUCUGGAGGACAUGAAAUCGGGGCCUGCUUCUGUACGAGUCCCUGUCCCUUACUAACCUGUUUGCAGUUUGCUAGGAGGAAGACACGCUCACAGUCAUGUUCUUGAAUAAACAUUUUGGAAGCUUUUAGAUUUACAUAUCACAAAAUCUUGUUUCAAGUUUCCUGUAGUUUAUAAUAUGGAGCUGUGUUCUAGCAUCAUUAUUGACUAAUGGGCCUAGGGCAUUGGUAAGAAUGAAAAUGGGUGUAAAAUUCCUUCAUUUGUAGAGAAUCCCAAUUGAUUAUUGAUCUGCACUGUUUCUGCUCA